GUUUUCAACAGCUAAUUAUGAAGCAUCAUCCUGACAAACGCACAGGCAAAAUUGACGAUGACGAUCGAGCACAUAGAAUAUUGAAAGCUUGGGAGGUAUUAAGAGAUCCUGAAAGCCGCAAGAAAUACGAUGUUGAACUCCAAAGUAGAUCAGCGAAAUAAAAAGGUUUUAGCGAUCAGUGCCGACGUUGAUUUGGAUGAUAUGGCGUACGAUGAAGAAGACGGUUCUUAUUCAUUUCUUUGUCGAUGUUCCGGGUAUUAUUUCAUCACUGAAGAAAUGCUAGAAAAGGGCGUUGACAUUGUUGGUUGCAAUAACUGUUCAUUAAGGAUACGGGUUCUAUACGAUGUUGUUGAGGACGAAGAGGACGAUGAAUAGUAUAAUUAUGUAUAAUUCCUGUAUGUAGACCUCACAGACCCAGUUUAACUUUCAACAGUCAUAGUCAUGAAUUUUAGAGUUAUU